AUGAGCAGCGCAAGUUGGAUCACCACACCGGAGCAGACACCGGAGGAGAGACCGAGGCCAGCGCUCCUUUACAGGCAUUAACCCCGAUCACUCGCCAUGCUCCUGUGUCUACUGAUCCUCCUGCCCCUGGCAGCGCAAGCCUUGCCCUUUGCUAUAGUGUCUCCGGGACUCGGGAAAACUCGGGAGAUCCCUACUAAUUACAGGACAGCCAGACACCCUGCAGUAGUGGCCGUGCAAUACAUCAACUACUACACCGGUUCCCCCAACAACCUGCAGUCCCUGCUCCGGGUGAACAAAGCCACCGUGAAGUCGGUUCCAGAAAUAGGAAACAAAUACUAUGUUGAAUUUACCACCAAAGUGUAUAAGGACAAUCAAGAUAUUAGAGCAUGUUCUGCGUCGGUGUUCUUCCACCAGGAAAAGCCACGUCCAGCUAUAAACGUUAACUGUUCAGAAAGUGCAAGUCUCAAAAGUCAUCGUCAAGAUGACUAUAACUUCUACAAGCAGAUGAAGCAGCGAACCACUCCUCUUAUCGCAAAGGACAUUCCUGACAGCUUUGGAUACGUUGCACCCGACAUCAUGUCUCUCUUUGAUCUGGCUGAACUGGGAAGCAGCUAUGUCAUGUGGGAGAAAAGCACAGAACAACGAGAAUACUUCCUGCAAAAAAUCCAGAAUGUCAAGCAACUGAUCAGAAAGGAUGAUUUAAUAGCAUUUGAUUACGACAUCCUUUUGUAUGAGACUCCCUCUGAGCGCAUGGUGUCCUGUAGCCUACAUAUUGUAUGGAUACCCGGCAAGCCGCCCAAAGUGGAAUACCAUUGUUCAAACGGCUCUGAAGAAGACGGCUCAGGGAGUGAAGAGUCGGGUUUCCUGGGAAAUUUCAAAUAAAGUGUUGCAUGUGUAUUUUUUGUAAAAA